UGCCAUAUGAAUAUAAAAUAGUGAUUGCUGGGAAUCAUGAACUGACAUUUGAUAAGGAAUUCAUGGCAGACCUUGUUAAACAGGACUACUACCGUUUCCCCUCUGUGUCCAAAUUGAAACCAGAGGACUUUGACAAUGUUCAGUCUCUCCUGACAAACAGUAUUUACUUACAAGAUUCGGAGGUAACGGUGAAGGGAUUCAGGAUAUACGGUGCACCUUGGACCCCGUGGUUUAAUGGAUGGGGCUUUAACCUACCCAGAGGUCAGUCUCUGCUGGACAAGUGGAACCUCAUCCCCGAGGGCAUUGACAUACUCAUGACUCAUGGACCUCCUCUAGGUUUUCGAGACUGGGUUCCCAAGGAACUUCAAAGAGUGGGCUGUGUCGAGCUGUUGAACACGGUUCAGAGGCGAGUCCGGCCCAAGCUCCACGUGUUUGGUGGGAUCCAUGAAGGUUACGGCAUUAUGACCGAUGGUUACACGACGUACAUCAACGCCUCGACGUGUACAGUCAGCUUUCAGCCCACCAACCCGCCAAUUAUCUUUGACCUUCCAAACCCACAGGGAUCCUGAAGCUCUCCCUGCUGGCAUGUGAGGGGAGGUCUACAAACUGCCAUUUUUCUAGUUACAAACUUACAUUCUCUUACGUGUUUAUUUCUAAAUCCUGUGAGUUCUCUUUUUUGUAAAUUGUUGGGACACAAAUGAUGCUGGGGUUGUACUGCUUCUUUAUUUUUUUUUUCUUUUAAAUGGGGUAUCCAUUGGAAAUCAAAAGAGCAUUGUGAAUUUGUAAAAUGAUUUAUGUUUUCACAAAGGCCAUGCCUGCCGUUGUAAAUUGUUAGUGUUCGCCAAAGGACAGCCAAGCUUUCUUUUAAAGAAAUGAUAAGAAGUCUUAUUUUAAUAUGCUUUAAGCUGGAAAAAAAAAGAGAAAGAAACAAGUAGGCAGUGUUUUUUAAACCAACCCAGAUUUGCACAACUGUUGAAGAGUAUUGUUUGAAGUAUUUUAAGUUUUGCUGUUUCGUUGUUGUUAUUGUUGUUGUUGUUGUUUUCUUGGUAAUGUUUCUUUUCUUGCAGACGUGGCCCCGAUUUAUAGCAAUCGUCCCAACAGAAGCUGGCAUGGAAAAGACUUCUCUUCACGCUGUCUCUCUAAUGAAACUGUGUCAAGGGAAGGAAACGGCCCUCGUAGAGAGGACGGCUUAGCGAGUGAGAGUCCUAUCGUGGUUAUAUAAGGUCUCCUUGUUUGUUUGUUUCUUUUAAAUUAUUUUAGCUUUAAAAUACAGAAAUGGAAUCUGUCAAGAGCAGGUGUUUCAUACAGUUCAAGAAGAAAAAAAAAACGAGCGUGCAGACUCCUUUUCAAUAUGGGUUUAUAUAUAUGCGUAUUUUUUGUGUAUUAUGACUAAGUUAGGAGUUUAAUAUUGCCAAGGACAGUCCAACCACACGGGUGGCUGGACAGCAAGGCAUUCGAAGCCUGAAGGGAACGGACAUGUAUUCUCAGAACUCAAGGUCUCAAAGAGCUUGAGUCAAAUCUCGGUACAGUGGCAGGCGUGUAUAGACUUAAGUGGCUGCAACGGAAGCUUACUAAAAUAAGGCUUAGUUGUCCUCUCUAUUUAAAUGCCCCGAAAUGUCUCCUUACUCCCCCCCCUCCCCAUUUUGCACUGUGUGUCAAUGCAAUCCUUUCUAGCACAAAAUAUUGUCGCUAAUAGUCAUUUCUGUUUCCCCAUUGUAAAUGCUGUCAAGCUUUAUUCUAUUUUAUGUUACCUUGUUAAUGAAAUUUAGGAAAGCAGUUGUUUCUUUAAAUUUAUUGUGAUAUUCUAUAUCUAGCGGCCUUUAUAUGCAAAUAAAAUUGCAAGAUUUUUCAA